AUGGUCCAUUCUCAAUCAAUGGUAUAACUGUGCCUGAGUUUCUUCACAAAAAGGUGUGCAAAUGAAAUAUGGAUAUGAUGGAGCCACCUACUGAUAUGAUCUACCCGUAUAGGAACUGUAGAUGACACUUAGAUUCUGUUGCAGAGAAACACUAGUGGAGAUGCCUGGCCAAAUCACCACUUUCAAUCCCAAAAAUAAUUGAGGAGGACUUGUCAGAUUAACAGAAAAGAUGGCCAAUAACGACGCAGGACGCGGUGGAACAGAAUACCAGAUGAAAGUUUUUGCACUGAUCGCUCUACAGGCGUUUUCAUCACGACAUCAUGAAAAAUGGAUAUUAUCAAUAGAAAAUGAGCUUGCAGGAAAAUUCGAUGAUGUUGUUUUCGAAAGUGAAAAUGGCAGAAAUGACUAUUUGAUACAAUGUAAACAUAAGAGAAACAGAUCGUUAUUUCCUUGGAAACAUCUUCUUCCAAAAUAUUAUAAUUCAUAUAAGGAGUUGAUCAUUAGUGGUUUAUUUAAACCGAAGUUAUUGAUCUUAUGCUCAAAUAUUGGGCCAUCAGAUGGUGACUUUUUCGAUACGGAACUCAUGAAGAUUGAUAUAUUUCCAGGAGAAACAAAUUCUUUCAAAUUCAAGAGCUCGAAAGUUAGAGAGGUUCAAGGAAUAUUGGAGGCAUCCGAUAAUCAUUCAAAAAAUUUUUGUGAGAAAUUCAGGUUUUUUCAUAUUGAUGAUUCAGCAAUAGAAGACGGUAUUAAAAUUAAACUAGAAGACGCACAGCACACUUUUGGGGGAAAGUUUUCUAAACUUGAUUUCAUGGAGAAAAUAGACAAAUGUUUCCAGGGAAAACUGGAGAAAAAAAGACGCAUCGGAAAAUCACACGUUAUAGCUUUUUUAUACGACUGGAGAAGUCAGGAUUACCUAGGGAAACUAGAUUCUUUCGGAAUAAACUUCAAACAAUUAUAUACCUUUGGGAAACAGAAUAUGAUCAAUAUUGUUGCAGUCAAUGAUCAUUUCUUGAAUUUGCUCAAGAUCCAUAGAAGCUUGCUAAGAGUUGAUAGCCCCACCAAUAACGGUCAACUUUAUAAAAAAGAUCAACUUUUGUUCAUCGACCCAAGUGUGGGAAGCAAUAUUUUGGAGAAAAUAAUAGUAUCUUUCGAACUCCCUGGAUACUGCAUACUUGUCAUUUCCCUCAACAAUUCCAAUCAAUUCCGUAUAAUUCAAUCCCGUUUAUAUGAGAUAUUGAAUAAUGAUAAGAAACAUUACAAGAAAGUCAUCAUUUUGUCAAAAGUUCCAAUCCAGAAUGAUGUAAUCGAGGAUGAAAUAAAAUUCACUGAUCUAACAGAAGCAUGUCAAACUACCCUUUUGUCGAAAAGUGUUAAUUUUCAAGAAAAAGAUUUGCCUAUCCACCAGCUCCUUAAUAAUUCAGUGUCUAACAUCGAUUUGAUUAUAGAUCAGAAAACUAUUAUUGACUUGAUAUAUGGUGAACAUAUCAAAAUAGGUGCAGCCAUAAGAAACUUAGGUGAAAUUGAGCCAUAUUACAUGGAGAGGAAAUUUAUACUCAGCAUUGAAGACAAGACAUAUGAAUUCACAGAACAAGAUGUCUGCAAUUCCGUUGGUCAACCUGGAAAAUUUGUUCUGAUUUCGGAUGGAGCAGGAAUGGGAAAAACUACUAUCUUAACUAAACUUGGGUGCUUGAUUAAAGAUAAAUAUCCCAGUUCUUUCCUCAUAAGAGUAGAUCUGAAUAUGUUCACCAGCAUAUUCAAAAAAUUUCAGAAGGCGGGUAUACAAUCAAUUGAUCUGGAAGAGAUUCUACGAUCCAAAGAUAAGAAUUAUUUGAAAAAUAGUUUUGAACAAACAUUUUUUUCGAAUACGAGAAACAUUAUCUUGAUGAUAGAUGCUGUAGAUGAAAUAAGUCCGAACUACACUAGUCUAGUCCAAAAUUUUAUUCUCAAAACGUCUGAAUGUGAGAAUAUUUUCAAAAUAUUUGUUACAACUCGUCCUCAUCUAACGAGGCAGCUGGAAUCAAUCCUGAAUACUAGAUCAUACCGAUUACUUCCAUACUCAACAUCAGAACAAACUGAUUUCUUAAAAAAAUACUGGAGGAAAAACCUUAGAAUAGAUGAUGAAGAAAAACUCAGUAAAUGUGAGAUUUUCGCAGAAAAAUUGAUAUGCAAAUUAGGAGGCUCGAUAGGAAACACCUCUUGGAAUCUCAUAGGCAUUCCACUUCAGACCAGAAUGAUUGCGGAAAUAUUCCAGGGUUCGGAUGAUAAGAAAAACGAGUGGAUGUGUUGUAAAGAUUUUUUACUAUCCGAAGAAAAAACCUUAGAAUUACCAGAUCAGCUUAACGUUACUAAAUUGUACGAUAUGUUUGUAGAAAAAAAAGGGGAAAUCUUUAUCGAAGAUAAAUGCAACACCCAAGGAAAUGUUACAACAGAGGAAAUAGUUUCGAAACACUAUGAAGAUGCUAAAAAUGAGCAUCAAAAACUUGCUGCUCGAUUGUUACUCAAAGAUCGCCAAUGUUCAUUGAUGAAUAUUUCCAAAAUUAUUACCAAUAGCUCCAAGGAAACUAUCAUCAGAAUGGGAAUGUUACAAGAAAUUGGAGAUGAGUUAUUGUUCGUUCAUCAAACAUUCGCUGAAUAUUUUUUGGCUAAGGCAAUAUGGACCCAGUUAAAAGGAAUAGAGGAACGCAAUGAAUAUCUGAUGUUCCUUAUGGAAAACGUGUUUAUAAACGGGGAAUUUGAAGUAGUCAGAGCUUUUUUAGAAAGCAUCCUCGCCAACGAAUACCCUUCAAUCCCAAAGGAGGUUUUCGAAAUUUGCGGUUCCACAGUUGACAAUAUAAAUUGGCAUGAAUCCAAAAAUAUAAACCAUUUAGCAAAAGAAGGCCGCAAGAAUAUCUUAAAACUAAUUCUAGAGAAGAGUCAAAAUAGUAAAGAUGUUUUUGAAAACCAUAUUUUCUCAACAAAUAAUUACUGGAGAAGUAUUUCAAGUAGACUAUGGUUGAGGAUGAUAAAUCGGAAGAAAAUAUUAGAAAUCGUUGAUGAAACAACAGGAAGAACUAUAUUGUCGGAAGCCCUCAAAUUUCAAGAAAUUAUAGAGUUUUUACUGGACAAAGGAGCAGAUGUGAACCAAAGAGAUAAACAGGGUCGUACCAUCCUACAUUAUGCAGCCGGAGCAUGCAAAAUAGAAUUAGUAAAAUAUCUUGUCAAUAGAGGGGCCACAAUCAAUGUUCCCGACAUCGGUGGUGAAACACCUCUUCUCCGGAGUGUGGAUAUAAAUUCCACAGAACUCUUUUUCUAUUUCAUCGAAAAUGGUGCUGAUGUAAAUGCCAAAUCUGGCGAAACCACUCCUCUACACUGUGCUGUGAUAAAACAAAAUUUCGAAAUUGUCGAAGAACUGUUGAAGAGGGGUGCCAAUAUCCACGAUAAAAAUGAUGAAGGAGGGACUGCUUUGCACUGGGCAGCAUUCAAGGGCACUGUCAAGAUACUGAAUAAUUUGUUGGAAAAAGGAGCCAAAGUAAAUGAUCAGGAUAUCUACGGGGAUACCCCUCUUCAUUGGGCAGCAGAACAGGGUCAUUUGGAUUGUUUGAAAAUCUUAGUGGAUAGUGGAGGUGAUGUUGAUAUUCAGAAUAAAAAAGGACAGAAUAUAUUAGAUAUUGCUUUCUCUUUUAAACGAGAUGAAAUAAUAAGAUAUCUACAUGAUAGGCCAAUUAUUGAGAAAUUGAGAAAAAAGUACGGAAUUUUUAUUGAAUGAAGUAUAUUAUGAUAUCGAUUCUG